GUGUUCGAUCUACAGCUGCUAGGGUUUUAUUUGUUUCUCUCUCUCUUCUUUCGGAGAUUUCUGCUGCAGUAACUCGGAUUUGAUAACUCUAUAUGCCGUGAUGGCUUCCCAAAAUGUUUCAAAUGAUGUUAAGACCUCACUUGGUCCCGUCGGACUCGAUCGGAUGCUUAUGGAUGAUACUUUUGGUGGUAUAACCGUUUCAACUGACUGUGCUGCUAUUUUUAAGAUGUUGGAGAUCGAACACCCAGCUGCCAAUGUAUUUGAUAUAACAAGAAAUCCCGUGACAGCUUGCCAAGCUGCUUCAAAUAAUGUUAAGACCUCAGUUGGUCCCGUUGGACUACUCGAUCGGAUGCUUAUGGAUGAUACUUUUGGUGAUAAUAUAACCAUUACAAAUGACUGUGUUAAUAUUCUUAGGAUGUUGGAGGCCGAACACCCAGAUACUAAGAAUAGACCAGAGAAAGGAUGCGAGGACAAGUGUCUAUCUAAAUUGAAAAGACGACUCAAGAAUAAACUCAAGAGUCGUAGAUUUACUCAAAAGUAUUAUUAGUUGAUUCAUUUUUGUCACAUGUUCUUCAUUUUUUUGGGGGGUUUUGGAU